AUGGCUAACUUAGAUGUUAGUGAGCUUGGUAUAUCGAAGAAUUUACUCCAAAUGAAUUUUAUGCGACGAACUCUCGUAGCCAAGGAGAAGGCUACUAAUCAAAGUGCCCCAGACAUCCUUCCUAAUUCACAAGAGUAUGGAUUUAAACUCCCUUCUUCUGUAGAAAAGCAUAUCAACAAAAGAGCUACCAUCCUUAAGUCGAAAUAUCGUUAUCAGUUUGUUAAAAGUAUUUUUAAGCUCUACAAUGUAUCACCUGGGUUUCGAGAAAGUUUCGGCGGUUUUAAUUCUCCUACUAACGCCGACGCCAUUCCUCAAUCUCUGGUUAAUAACUUACCCGAUUCUCGUUUGUCCAAUCGAGACAACUCUGUUUGUGAAUAUUCGCAAUCAUUCGAAGGCCGGGCAUCCAAAACAAGUAUCCGUUUCAAAAGAUUUGAAGAACACAAACCAUCGAAGUUCAAAAACCCAAAACAUCGAAGAGAAAAAAAGAAAAAGCUGUAA